GCUUUGUGAGCGACAUUUUAAAUAAACACGAAGCUAACCGCUAACGGCUAAGAGAGCUCGCGAAGCUGUGACUCGGCUGCGUCAAAAACUCAUUAAAUAUUCUUAAUUUUGUAAAGAACAACGUGAUUCAAGCUAAGUCCUUUUUGUGCGACGCAAGUUAGGGAACCUGAUAAAUACAGGAGAUGUUAAAAAGUACGACAUUGUGAUCGGAAUCAACUAACGCUGUGCAGUUGACUUCCUGUCCAGGCACAUUGGUCCAUAUUUGCUGGACCAUUGGGCUCUGGGCUUAACUAGCUGAAAAAAAAAUGGCUGAUUCAGAGAAGGCAGAGGAAUUUCUGGAUGCUGAAUGUCUCUCGGUGUGCCUUGAUGAAACACAAUCAGCCACAGCUUCUGUUCAAGGAGAACAAGAUGAGCAUCUGAAAACGGAGACCACCACUAGUACCAGUUCACCUCCAAGGGAGAAGGACAGCCCCUUGAAUACUGAGGGUGAGCAAAGUCUCCUCUCCAUGCCAUGCCUGAUGAAGGAGCUUCGUCGUGACUCCCCAGAGUCCCAGAAUUCUUCUGCAGGGAGUGACAAGCCUGCACCACGUCCUAUUUAUGAGAGUGACUCAUCAAAUCCCUGCAUGCUCUCACCUUCAUCCAGUGGUCACCUGGCUGACUCAGACACACUUUCCUCAGGGGAAGAUGGUGCUAAUCCUCCUGAAGAGGGCAGAAUGGAAGCAGCAAAUGAUCCAGGGCAAAAAGCAAAAGGACAAACAUCUGCCACUGCUUCUGGGGGAAGGAAAUCUCGGCGGUCGCAUUCAGAAAGUGAGAUGCCCCCAAAUGCAAUGGCUGCAAAGAAGAACCGCUGCCAGCUGACGGAGGCAGCAGCAGGGCUGGAAAAACAAACCAAUGGCAAGCUGGCGAAAGUGAAAGGUCACAGGAGCCAGAAACACAAGGAGCGUAUACGUCUUCUGAGGCAGAAACGAGAGGCGGCAGCACGGAAGAAGUAUAACCUGCUGCAGGACAGCAGUACCAGUGACAGUGAACUCACGUGUGACUCCACCACCAGCUCCUCAGAUGACGACGACACUUCUGGAGGUAGCAAGACAAUCAAGACAGAUAUUCCAGACGGGCCUCCUGUAGUGGGUCACUAUGAUAUUUCAGACACUGAUUCUAACCAGGAGAGUGUGAGUGUGGCGACAGUUCGGCCUACGGUGAUAAGGCAUGAGCUAAAAACACACAGAGGCCAGGAUAUGGCAGCACACUCUGGGUGUGUAAGAGCUCUGAGCUCAAUCUCAGGCCGAGUGGAGGCAGAGCUGUCGCACAAGGAGAGCUCUCAGCACAAAGGCCAGAUUAAUGUUGCUUCAUCUGACAAUGAGGUGGAAAUAGUUGGAGUGCAAGAAAAAGCACGAUGUGCUCAUCCAUGUGGAGGGGUGAUAAAGAGUUUGUCUUCCUGGAAGGAGAGCUCAGUGGAGCAGUUAAACAGCACAAAUCAGUCUCAGCUCUGGACUCCCGUUUCUCCACGGCCUAACUGGGUGUCCCCUCCUGAAGUGGUGGACCUCACGCUGGAUGAGGACGCCGGACACAAAUAUCUACUUUAAACAGCUAGUACACUGAAAACUUGUAGUGUUCGUCAUAGUCUCCGGCUGAAGUCUGCUCAUGGACUCCUAUGGCUCGAGAGCACUCUUUGUUUCAAACGUUCUGUUCCACAGUC